CCUGUUUUUCUUAAUCGAUAAAUCGCUAAAAAUGCCUGUAACUUCUCUCGCUCACAAAGAGGUAGCUUACAGCAACUUAUUUAGCAAGUUGAACCCCCAAACACCGAAAAUGGUGUUCGACGGAAAACAGGUUCCGCCAUCUGUCCUUCCUGGGUUCGCCAAGUUCCAGGGAAUGGAAAAGCUCAGCCUUAUUGAUUGUAAUCUCUGGUCCUUGGAGGGGAUGCCACGCCUGCCCAAUCUGCGCGUACUAAUGUUGGGCGACAACCACCUAGAAGACCUGAGCGUCAUACCAGCGUGCUUCCCCAACUUGGAGAAGUUAUCCAUUGUCGGGAACAAGCUAGGGCACCGCGAUGAAUUGGAACCGUUGACGCGUCUUCCGAAGCUACGCGCACUGGAUGUGGAAGGCAACGACCUAUGCGAGAUCCGCGGCCACGAUCGUUGGAUGGUAGAUACGUUCCCUCGGGUUAAGCAGUUCAUCAUCACCGCUUACGAUGUCGACAGCGAUGAAGACGAUAACGACGACAUUUCCUGGUUUCUCAGCGACGAAGCCAUGGAUGCCGAUAACGAGGAAGAGGAUGAAGGCGAUGCCUUUGAGGGACCUGGAGAAUCGGUGCCAGAGGUCAUCACAAUUGAUUAAUGCCUGGAGACGGU